CUGGAGCGAUCGUCGCGCCACCGUUCGGACGCACCGCAAUCGCGCGGACGCUCUCAUUCCGAAACACGACGUCGUUAGGUGCGUCUCACAGUCCACGAAUCCUCGAAUAAUACGCGCAUUAUACACGAAACUUUCGAAAAAAAAAAAAAUAAACGAAACGGGGUUAAAAGUUUACCAACUUUUUCACCCCUCUCCCGCCCCGAACAAGGAUUAACCAGUGCAACAACAUGACACUAAACUUAAGUGAAAAGUGCUUCUUAUUCUGAUACAACAGAAACUACAAAAGUGUUCGAAAACUUUUGUUCCAACUGAAGUUCUUAAGGAACGUUUUGGUGCUUCGUUUAUAAAAGUGCACGAAAAGAUGCCAUGACAAUUCAUUAGUGAAACUUCCACCUCGACAGUGUUUGUUGUUCUUUCUUUUUUUUUUAGUUUGCGUUCUUCUGUUUUGGAUUAUUUCGUGAUUUCCGGAUAAAAAGCGACAAAUACAAAACUUGAUCACAAAAAAAAAAAAAAAAAAUUAAACGAGAAAGUGUUCGAUCGGCCCAACAAAAAUGAUGACGGAAUUAGCAAGGAUUUCCUUCGCGCUCCUCGCAUUACAUGUCCUUGUUGCGUUUACCGUGAACAUAAAGGAUACGAGGGAGGGCGAGGAUGUGACUCUGGAGUGUCGAUUUCCGACGCCCCAGACCGGAAAGGUGACUUACUAUUGGGCGAGGACGAUCAAACAGGUCUACGACAACGUCGCAAUCGAGAAGGUUCCACUGGAUAACAACUACAGAUUGAACUUUCAGCCUGAAAAGGGUAUCUACGAUUUACUGAUAUCCAACACCAGCUACGAUCGCGACAACGGCGAGUUCGAAUGCAAAGUGAAGGCGGGCGGUUCCGGCGCGAAUCUUCACGCCCAAAACUACACCCUCACCGUGCUCACAGCACCCCAGAUUCCCACCGUGACCCCGGGCACUUACGUGACCUCCACCGAAGGCAAGAAGAUGGAGUUGACGUGCUCGAGCAUCGGCGGUUCCCCGGACCCAGUAGUCAGAUGGUACAGAGAAGGAUCGACGUAUCCCUUGGAGUCAUCGUUAAAGAAUGGAGGAUCUAGGGACCAUCCGACGACGGCCACUCUGUCUAUAAUGCCCACAAAGGAGGACGAUGAUGCAGUUUUUCGGUGCGAGGUGUGGAACAGGGCAAUGCCCGAAGGGAAUAAGUUCAGGACGAACGUCACGCUGAGCGUCAAUUAUUUUCCGCGCGUCGAGGUCGGACCCGAGAAUCCUCUGAGAGUGGAAAGGGACUCUCCGACGACGCUUCAGUGCACCGUCGAUGCUAAACCAAAGGUAUCGGAUGUUCGUUGGACCAGGAACGGACGCGUCAUCAGCACUUCGUACACACACGCCCUGCACAGGGUCAGCAUUCAGGAUGCGGGUAAAUACACGUGCAGCGCGGACAAUAACUUGGGGAAGAUCGGUGAGAGGGAGAUCGAGUUGGACGUGCUGUUCGCUCCCAUCAUCACUCUGGAGGCGAAGACCAAGGAGGCGGAAGAGGGUGAAGCCGUGACGAUUAAAUGCAACGUGACCGCGAAUCCCUUACCGACGACCGUCGAAUGGGUGCUCGAAGGAAAACCGGAUUUCCGGCAAUCCGGAGACACUCUGCAUCUGAACAGCGUGACCGCAGACCACGCCGGCACCUACAUCUGUCGCGCCGUCAACGUCAUCACGCCCAGCGCUUUCCCGACCAGAAGAACCGAGAAAGUCACCAACGAAUCUAUAGCUUUACUCAUCCGCCACAAGCCGGGGAAAGCCAGGAUAACACCCGACAAACCUGUCACGACGGAAGGAUCACCCGUAACUCUCAGCUGCACCGCGACUCCUCCAGGAUGGCCGAAACCUCAGUACCGUUGGAUGCGCGCCAACAACGACGGACAGAUGACCGUUCUCAGCACCAGAUCUCAAUACACCAUCUCCAACGCUCAGAUCUCCAACGAAGGCACCUACCACUGUCAAGCCACCAACGAGCUCGGACCCGGCGAGAUCUCUUCCAUCAGCCUCGAAGUUUACCAACCACCGAGUUUCAAAUUCAAGCUGAAACCAUCCGAAACGAAACGAGUCGGCGACCAGAACUUCUCCAUCGCCUGCAGCGCUAAAGGCAAACCGAAACCAUUCGUCAAGUGGCUGAAAGACGGUGAAGAAUUAACUGCGGACACCAAUCUUUACGAGGUCAUCCCCGAACUCACCGAGUCCAGCAACGGAGCGGUCAGCGUGCAGAGCAUCUUGAAGUUCAGAGGAAAAGCGCGGCCGGGCGGAAACGAACUGCUUCCAUCCGAUCGCGGAGCGUACUCCUGCUCCUUCGAGAACGAAGUCAAGAAGACCGAAUCCACAAUGCACUUGAGAAUCGAACAUAAACCGAUAAUCCUUCAUCAAUACAACAAAGUGGCUUACGAUGUAAGGGAGACGGCUGAGGUCGUGUGCAAGAUUCAGGCAUACCCGAAACCCGAAUUCAAAUGGUACUACGGUUCCAACAAGUACCCACUGACCACGUCCUCCGAGGGCAAUUACGUGAUCAGCAAUUCGAUCGAUGCCAAUGACGUGUACACGAGUGUCCUCAAGAUAUCCGACAUAAAGAACCACAAUUACGGCGAAUACAAUUGCCAAGUGGUGAACGAUCUGGGCAGCAUCGACGCCAGGAUUCGUCUGCAGAAGAAGGGCGCGCCGGAGAAACCGACGCAGGUGACUGCAGUCCACGUCGGACAUAAUUUCGUUACACUGAAUUGGGAGCCCGGAUUCAACGGAGGCAUUGCGAACACCAAAUACUUUGUCUCGUACAAGAAGGUGCCCGGAAAUGAUAACAUCAUCGUGGAGGGUUGCGGAACGAUCACGAAGGCUGCGGAUUGGUCGGAGGCGGAUUGCCACCAGAAUGUCCCGUGCAACGUGUCCCAUUUAGAUCAACAUCAGAGCUACAUUUUUAAGGUGAAAGCUUUGAACACGCAAGGGCAGAGCGAGAACUCGCAGGAAAUCAGCGCGACGACCCGAGUGGACCGGAUCCCGCUGCCGGAUCGAGUGGCCUAUGACCCGGCCACACACGCUUUGUCCAUUAACAUUCCGAUAACUUGCCUUCCAUUAGUCGCCGUUGUCGAAUCCCUUGGACACGAUUUGCCAAUACCCUCGUGGCAGGUCAUCGAUACUCUUCCCUUACAAGUAUCCGGACUCACGCCGACUUAUAAGGAAGCCAACCUGGAGCAGCUCAUCGCGAGAAGUUACAAAGUCAGCGGAAGAUCUCUUGCGGACGAACCCAUCGGCGUCAACGACGAUUACUCAUCCAAGAUCCGCGUCAAGUUCUGCUUGAGGACGCACGACGAACAUUGCGGCAAUUUCGUGGACGCAGAACUCGGUCACGCUUACAUCAAGGAAGCCUCAGCUCUAGCUACACCAACCUUAAUAGCCAUAGUCGUCUCGUGCAUAGUCUUCGUUCUCUUUGUAGGACUCCUUCUGAUGUUCUGCAGAUGCAAACGUAAUCAAACCAAGAAGACCCAGAGCAAGGACUACGAGAUGGACUCCGUCCGACCGACGAUGACCCAACAGAACCAGGCGCCUCCACCGUACUAUCCCUCAACGGGAAUGGAGAACAAAGCGCUCGAGCAUUCACUCGAUUUGGCCUUAACCAUGGAGGAUCAGAAGAGCGUGUACGCCACGCAGAACGGAUAUGGUUAUCACGUCGCCAAUCCCGACAUCCAAGGCAGACAAAACAUCAAUAACGGCGAUUGGGCGAACAUGGGCUAUCUGGAAAACAGCUACUCCAACUCGAACAACGGCGGCAGCGUCAACUCUCAAGAUUCCCUGUGGCAGAUGAAGAUGGCCGCAGCCGCAAACAAUUCCGUCAACCAAUUGCCACCGCACAUGAACGUGGAUCGUCAGAAUUCCUACGGAUACGAUCCCAUCACCCACGGUGGUUACGGCGCCGUCGACGAUUACGCUCCCUAUCCGCACAUCACGACGCAGAGCAACCACGGUGAUGAGUACAUGAGGAACAGCAACAAUCCAUCCAGACAGGAUUACUGCAGUGAUCCCUACGCCGCCGUCCACAAACCCAAGAAACGCAUUGAACAGCAUAUCGAUUCGCCGUAUCACGAUGUCAGCGGCCUGCCCGAUCCCUACUUGGAGCAAUUGGAGGAUGAAAAGCCACCUCAGCACAUGUCCCUGAACUACGAGGAAAGUUUGGAGAGCGGAUAUUCCACCCCCAACUCGAGGACGAGGAGGGUCAUCCGAGAAAUAAUCGUCUAAAUCCGCGAACUGCUCAAGGCGGAAGGAAGACCAUCACACUUAACAAUAAACAGAACGAAGAAGACGUGGUAGAAGAAGACGGAAAAAAAAGAUGCAGAAGUAACGAGGAAAAGGAAUAAAGAAUAUAUAUGUAUAGAUAUGUAAUAUCAGCGUGGAUAGGAGAAGACGACCAAACGGACGUUUCAUUUUCUAACUAAUUUGUAUUAAUUACUAUGAAAAUAUCGUGUAGGAUCCUAAGAGCGAGAGAGACAGUGCUUUCCGAGAAAGAAAAGUGGAGAUUUUUUCGGCGGACGGGAAAAAAAUUGCAAGAUAAAAAAAAACAUAAGGAUAAAAAUUGAUUUCUCUUCACGUGUACCUGAGGGAACCACUUAUAUUAUUUAUUUGUUUGUUUUAUUAUUAUUUCUUUUAAUGGAUGUUUAUUAUGUUCUCUGUUCGAAUGGAAGUUGUUUUUUUUUGUUGUUUCGGAGCGCCAUUUUGUGAGUGAUAUACCUGUAAUAAUACGCGAGGUGAAUGAAGAAUGUGAAAGGAAAAAAGGAUGUUUUUGCCAUUGCUCGAUUCGUCCGAAAGAGUGUGAGAAUUUUUGUAUGUUUUAUUAUAACUAUUAUCAAUUUAUAUAAAUGAAUCGUGUAACGUGGAGCGAGCUCGAACAAUUACAUAGCAAUACGAACAAUUGUUUAUUAAUUUUUGUUUCCAUGGAAAUGUGAUUAUACUUGCAAUAAGUAAUUUGUUGUAUAGAAACCAAUCGUUGUCUUGGUUUUUAUAUAUAUAUAUAUAAUAUUAUUAUGUUUAAUUCGAAGGACGAACGGCUCGAGCGGUUCCAAAUCCAAACGAUUUUCAGGAAUCCUGCGACGCCGAAUCCGCGUCGCAGGAUUCCGAAAAUUCGACAGUUCGAUUUUAGUUCAACUUUUUUUUUUAUUUUCGUGCCAAAACUCCGGACCGGACGAGUCGUUCCCUCCUUCGCAUUGAGUACUUAAAUGCGUGUUUCGAAUCGUUUCCGUCUCAUACGAAGAAGAGGAAAUGUUAAAGAAGAA